AUGGCGCCCGGAGGCCCAUCGCAGUCCGGGGUUAUCAGCGGCCGGGUGACCAAGUCAGUGCCGUCAACUCCAGGAAAGCCAAAGCCAUCACAGAGUAGCAAUACUGGCAGCACAGGCACCGGGAGAUCUGGGAAAACUCCCAAAUGGAAAUAUGGUUUUUGCCCGGAAUGCCGCUUCGGCCAUCUCGUGAGGAAGCAAAUCAGCCUGGACCAUCCCAACCAGAACAUUGCCGGGAAGUAUCGACUCAGCUGCAGCGACAAAGAGAGAAAGGGUUGCACGUAUUACAAGAUCUGGAACACAGACCCCAUGCUUACAGCUCCACCGCCACCCUCCAAAAAGGCCAUCUGCCCGCAGUGUACAAUGGGUCGACUCGUCAAGAAGUGCUUGAAUCCCUUUAACUUCAAGGAACAGUGGAUGGAGUGCGACAGAAAAGACGCAGCGGAACGGCCAUGCGAUUACCGUGAAGACGUGCACGACAAAGCACUUCAGAACACGGGAGCGCUACCCGGAACACAACCCACGGGACGCCCCUCCGACCAUGAUCACGAUGGGAAGAAGCUGGACAAAGGGAAAGCGCCUGAACGGCACCCAGCGAAUAUAGCAAGGCCAGGAACAGGGGGUCCAGAACCCGAGGCUGGACCAGUUCGAGCUGCAGAAAUGGCCAUAGACCUUACUGAAGAUGGUCAAUUCACGCCCGGAAGAUCACUCUCUCCUGUACCUGUCGCUCCAACUGUCAGCGACGCCGCGGCCGCCGAUUCCAUCGACUCUGCCCCUGGCCCUGAGGAGGACACAAAGUCAAGAUUCGUCGAGACGGCCGCAGAUAUUAUUUCUUCCCCAACUGUCGUCGAUCUGGUCUCGGAUAUGUCGUCGCAGGUAUCUGACAUGGCAGGACCGGGGGAAGGCUCGCCAAAGGAGGUGGAAGUACUUGCAAAGCCUCAAAACCAGGCAUCUGGCAAACAACAGGAUGCUUAUGAGGACGAGUUCGACUCCUCCGAUGAUGAAGAGCUUGCUCGCUUGACCGAUUACAUUUACACUUCUGCCCGAAAACCAUCGCCGCAAGUAGGAGUAAAGCCAGAAUCUCCUAGCAGCCCUAUAGCGAAGAUUGAGAGGGACGACUGA